AUGACCCCGGAUGUACCCUUAGUAUGUAUAACCCCACACAUUUCCCCAUGGCCAGCCGUUUUCCAUGUAAAACCUCCGUUCAAAAUGUCGUUACGCUCUAGAUACAGUAGAAUAUGCCACGAUGCCUUCCGUAGACCCUCAAUAUACGCCAAUGUCUCUCAAAUCACACGCAAAGCAACUCCCGCCUGGCAAACAUGUCGUUCAGUCGCAUCUACGCCCAAUGCACAGAAAGUUCUUUUCCCCGGUGCUUUAAACAGCGAGUUUACGGAUACGCUCGAAGUCCUCCGGCCCUCCAACAACAAAGCAAUCCCCACAUAUCGCGUGCUGGACCAAUACGGUGAAGUGAUCAAUAAAGAGAUAGGAGUGGAGACUGAAGAUGGAGAAGCGCUGGAGCUAUACAAGAACAUGGUUUGUCUGAGCAUCAUGGACCUCAUCAUGUUCGAAGCACAACGGCAGGGUCGACUCAGUUUUUACAUGGUCUCCGCGGGCGAAGAAGGCAUCGCCAUCGGCUCCGCCAGCGCCCUGAACCCAACCGACGUAAUCUUCUGCCAAUACCGCGAAACCGGCGUGUACAUGCAACGCGGCUUCACGCUCGACCAAUUCAUGAACCAGCUCUUCGCCAACACAAAAGACAUAGGACUGGGCCGUAACAUGCCGGUGCACUACGGCACUGAGAAACUGCACAUCCACACCAUCUCCUCCACACUAGCUACACAGAUCCCACACGCUGCGGGCGCCGCCUACGCGCUCAAAAUGCAAAACAUGACGCAGAGCCCGGACGCAGAGAAGCGCAUCGUAGUGUGCUACUUUGGCGAGGGUGCAGCCAGCGAGGGUGAUUUCCACGCUGCGCUCAACAUUGCGGCUACAAGGCAGGUUCCAGCCGUGUUUGUGUGCAGGAAUAACGGAUAUGCGAUCUCGACGCCUACGAGCGAUCAAUACAGGGGCGAUGGAAUUGCGAGUCGAGGCGCGGGAUACGGCAUUCCUACAUUGCGGGUCGAUGGCAACGACAUCUUCGCCGUCCGCCGCGCGACUAAACAGGCGAGGAAGUUGGCUCUCGAGAAUGACGGCCAGCCUGUUCUCAUAGAGAUGAUGGCGUAUCGUGUAGGCCAUCACAGCACAUCCGACGACUCGUUCGCAUAUCGCCAGAAGAUCGAAGUCGAAGACUGGAAAAGACGGGAUAAUCCUAUUACGAGGUUACGUAAGUGGCUCGAGGGCCGGAAUCUGUGGGAUGAAGAUAAAGAGCGCGAACUGCGGAGUCGCAAGCGCAAAGAGGUUUUGUCUGCGUUUGACCGAGCUGAGAAGCUGAAGAAACCGGCGAUCAAGAACGCGUUUGCGGAUGUGUGGGAGGACUUGACCGAGGAGCAGAGGUCUCAUGUCGAAGAAAUGAGGGAUAUUUUAAAAAGAUAUCCCAAGGAGUAUGAUGUUGAUCAUCAUGAAGGUGGUGUCGAGUCUCUCGAUGAACUGCUGGCUAAAAAAUCGUAG